AUGAAGGACAUUGAUGAUACAGCUGUGACUACAGUUGAGCUACAGGAUCUCCCUUCGAAUGCCGAGAGACACGAGGAAACACACCUCAUACAACCAGAUAUCGAGGCAUGGCCCAAAGAACCUCUUCCCAUAGAAGGAGACCGCAUUUCUAGACUUGUCAACAAGCUUAUCGAUGCAGCUUUGUUGACUAUUUCAGCUGCCCUAGUCAUCAAAGCAGGUCUUGUUAUCCUUGCUUGGCGACCGAAUGUGCCCGUAUAUGUCCCAGGUACUCCUCCAUUAGCCAGGACAGUUGCAUUGGCAAAUUUGUACAAUCUCAAUGCUCAAUUGAUUACUCUGUUCACUAUCAUAUUCGUCACGACAAUCUCGACCUUACUACGGAGAUACGCAUUGUGGAAGGCUCAAAAGGGCUCGUACAUCUCUGAGCUCGAACAGCUUCAAGGCAGUAUGUCGGUCACAAGCACACUGACACUCAUCUGGUCUUUGAGGUCAUGGUCGACCACGUCAGUCGGUCUUGUCGUUAUUUGGACCUUUUACUACCUUGGCAGUCAGGCGAAUAAAAGAGAACUGAUGCCUGUAAAUUCCGAGUCCUUCCACUCUAUACCGCUCGGCUUCAUGGGCCCGAAUUACCCAUCCUGGUUUGCCGGCUACACUGGACAAUAUCAGACAGGUACUGCUCUCAAGAGUGCCGAUGUAGGCUUUGCAUCAGCAGUACAGUUCUCUCAGGCCUUGGUUUCACGACCUGGAAUGGAUAUCAACGGCAAUGCUUUGGUGCCAGACAUCAAUAGCAUACUUCAAGCUCGUCCCGACGCCAUAUACGAUUCAAGAUUGCCCAAGUACUACGGAUGGCUGAGUGUGGGCAAUCAGACCGAAGCAAAGAUGAACCAGCAUUAUGCAUCCUACACAGGUCAAUUUCCAGCCAUCUACGCAACAUCGUCUCGUAACAUUGAAGACGCAACCCGGUGGCAGAUGCUUGGCGACUACAAUUACACCACUAGCUAUUUCAACAUCAACUGCAGCAUUGCUACUUUCUCCACCUACGAAACCUUUGUCAAUGGCACACUCGAUAGCACCAGAAUUAGUCUCAACAUGACCCCAGCCUCUACCACAGCCCUCAAAGACAUUCACGGCAACACGAUACGAUCUUUCGACUAUUGGGUCAGAUGGAGUACUUUAGAUGGCGAUUACCGCGUCUCGACCAACGGCAGUGCUCACUCAGUAUGCAACAUUAGCAGUACCCUGCUUGACGUGCGAGUCAACUGCCUCGCAACAGGCUGCACCCCUCUUGCGGUACGAUACCACAAUUGGUCAUCAAAAGAGGUUGCCACAAACUACUCGACAUUCUUCGACAACGACGAGUAUGCAGGACUAUUCCUCGAUCGCUUCGUGUCACAAGACAGCGUCGUCGCUCAAGCAACGACCCUAAGCUACCUACAAAACUACAACACCGACUUAGCUUCCGACCUUCUCCUCAACGUAACGACCCAGAACCUCAACCCAGAACUAAGAACCCUGCUCAACACCUACUACACAGCCACACAACAAAUCGUCAGUCCAACGGCCGCACUCCAACCCGUCAUUUUCGACCCAAUUAACGGCCUCGACCCUACCAUGACCUGGACCAACACCACCCUCACAGGCGCCCAAUUCUACCCGCACUACGCCCUCUCCUACCUCUGGCUCGCCCUCGACUUCGUCUCCAGCAUAAUCCUGUUCCUCGCGGCCGUAGCCUCCGUCUGGCUCCGACAAAAGAUCCUAGUCCCUGAUAUCUUCGGCUACGUGUCCAGUCUGACGAGGGAUAACGUCUAUUUGCAGAAUGUGCUGCCUGAUAAUGGGUCAGGGCUAACGGGGAUAGAGCGGGCGAGGAUUAUGAAGAACGUGAAGGUGAAGAUCGGAGAUGUUAGUGGAGAUGAUAGCGAUGUCGCGAGGAUCGGGAUGACGGUGGUGAGGGUGGGGGAUAGUGAUUUUGAGGCGUCGCCGGAAGUGACUACGGCGGGACCGUUGAGGGAGAAUAUGCAGAUUGUGUGA